GGGGGAGCCGCCCCCCGCCCGCGUGUGCGGGGCCGUCCCGCAGCCGCCCGGCGGGGCUAUAAAAGGGGCGGCGGCGGCCCGAGCAGCCCCGCACCGCCGCCCCCAGCGCCCCACCAUGAGCUACACCAUGGAGCCCCUGGGCAACCCCUCGUACCGCCGGGUGACCGAGACCCGGGCCACCUACAGCCGCGCCAGCGCGUCCCCGUCCAGCGGCUUCCGCUCGCAGUCGUGGUCGCGGGGCUCGGGCAGCACCGUGUCCUCCUCCUACAAGCGCCCCAACCUGGGCGGCCCGCGGGCCGCCUACGGCUCCACGGUGCUGAGCUCGGCCGAGAGCCUGGACGUGAGCCAGUCCUCGCUGCUCAACGGCGCGGCCGAGCUGAAGCUGAGCCGCUCCAACGAGAAGGAGCAGCUGCAGGGGCUGAACGACCGCUUCGCCGGCUACAUCGAGAAGGUGCAUUACCUGGAGCAGCAGAACAAGGAGAUCGAGGCGGAGCUGGCGGCGCUGCGGCAGAAACACGCCGGGCGGGCGCAGCUGAGCGACGCCUACGAGCAGGAGCUGCGGGAGCUGCGCGGGGCGCUGGAGCAGGUGAGCCACGAGAAGGCGCAGAUCCAGCUGGACUCGGAGCACAUCGAGGAGGACAUCCAGCGCCUGCGGGAGCGCUUCGAGGAUGAGGCGCGGCUGCGCGACGAGACGGAGGCGACGAUCCGCGCCCUGCGCAAGGAGAUGGAGGAGGCCUCGCUGAUGCGCGCCGAGCUGGACAAGAAGGUGCAGUCGCUGCAGGACGAGGUGGCCUUCCUCAGGGGCAACCACGAGGAGGAGGUGGCCGAGCUGCUGGCGCAGCUGCAGGCGUCCCACGCCACCGUGGAGAGGAAGGACUACCUGAAGACAGACCUGACGACGGCGCUGAAGGAGAUCCGCGCCCAGCUCGAGUGCCAGUCCGACCACAACAUGCACCAGGCCGAGGAGUGGUUCAAGUGCCGCUACGCCAAGCUCACCGAGGCGGCCGAGCAGAACAAGGAGGCGAUCCGCUCCGCCAAGGAGGAGAUCGCCGAGUACCGCCGGCAGCUCCAGUCCAAGAGCAUCGAGCUCGAGUCGGUGCGCGGCACCAAGGAGUCGCUGGAGAGGCAGCUCAGCGACAUCGAGGAGCGCCACAAUAACGACCUCAGCACCUAUCAGGACACGAUUCACCAGCUGGAAAACGAGCUCAGAGGAACGAAGUGGGAAAUGGCUCGUCACUUGCGGGAGUACCAGGACCUCCUCAAUGUCAAGAUGGCCCUGGACAUCGAAAUUGCUGCAUACAGGAAGCUGCUGGAGGGUGAGGAGACAAGAUUCAGUGCCUUCUCUGGAAGCAUUACCGGUCCCAUAUUCACACACAGACAACCAUCUGUCACAAUAGCAUCCACCAAAAUCCAGAAAACAAAAAUCGAACCACCAAAGCUGAAGGUCCAGCACAAGUUUGUAGAAGAAAUCAUUGAAGAGACGAAGGUGGAGGAUGAAAAGUCUGAAAUGGAAGAUGCCCUGGCAGCCAUCGCAGAAGAAAUGGCAGCCAAGGCACAGCAAGAGGAAAAGGAGGAAGAAAAAGCAGAAGAAGCUGCAGAGGAAGAAGUUUCUGAGAAAGCUCCUGCAGAACAAGAAGCUGCAGCUGAGGAGGAAGAGAAGGAGGAAGAGGAAGCAGAGGAGGAAGAAGAAGCUGCAAAAUCUGAUGCCGCAGAAGAAGGCGGCUCUGAAAAAGAAGAAAUUGAGGAAAAGGAAGAAGGGGAGGAAGCAGAGGAAGAGGAGGAAAAACCCGAGGCCAAGAGCAAAGCUGAAGAGGUACCAGCAAAGGCAGAGAAGGUCAAAACACCUCCUGUAAAGUCCCCCCCGAAAUCUCCCGUAACAGAGCCGGCCAAGGCCACCCCGAAAGAAAAACCUGCAGAAGCAGCAAAAGAACAGAAGGCGGAGAAAACGGAGAAGGCGGCCAAGGAGGAGGAGAAAGCGGCAUCGCCAGAGAAACCUGCCACACCAAAGGUGACCUCCCCGGAGAAACCUGCCACCCCCGAGAAGGCUGUGACCCCGGAGAAAGCUGCCACCCCUGAGAAAGCUGUGACCCCAGAGAAGGUCGUGAGCCCCGAGAAAACCGUGGUCCUGGAGAAGCUGGCGCCGCCGGAGAAGCCGCGCGCUCCCGAGAAGCCGGUGAGCCCGGAGAAGCCGCGCACUCCCGAGAAGGCCGUGACUCCCGAGAAGCCCCGGUCCCCCGAGAAACCUCCCUCCCCAGGCAAGGAUGCCAAGGCUGUGGUGGAAGAGACCAUCACUGUCACCAAAGUAACAAAAGUUAGCGCCGAGGCCGAGAAGGAGUCCAGGAAAGAGGACAUUGCGGUCAAUGGGGAGGUGGAGGAGAAGAAGGAAGAGGAAUCCAAAGAGAAGGAGGAGGAAGACAAGGGGGUGGUCACUAACGGGCUCGAUGUGAGCCCCGUGGAUGACAAGGCUGAGAAAAUCGUAGUAACCAAAAAAGCAGAGAAAAUCACAGGGGAGGGUGGGGACAGUGGCACCACGUUUAUCACAAAGUCGGUGACGGUCACUCAGAAGGUGGAGGAGCACGAAGAAAGCUUUGAGGAGAAAUUGGUGUCCACCAAGAAAGUGGAGAAAGUCACUUCACAUGCUGUAGUAAAGGAGAUUAAAGAGAGCGAAUAAAAGCAACCAUAGCUAAAAUUCAAACCAAUUCAAGAGCUUGGGUCGGUGCAAAAGGUUAAGCCAUAGACAGCUGCAAAAUGCAUGUGAGUGACGGCUUCAAAGCAGAUCGGGUUCUCUCACGGAGGCUCCAGACACACAAUAUUUUACUUUUUCGUGCAAUAUAGGGAAGGGGGGGGGAAUGCAUGCAGGCUCAAGAUGUACUCCCUCCACAGAGCUUGGGGAUCUACAAAAAAAAAAUACUACUACUACUAGUGCAUGAGAUGAAAUGUGCAGAGGAAGCUUUUCUGAAUUUCCUGAGCUGUUGGAGGGAUGUAUCUGAGGAACGAGUUCAGAUGUAUUAUGCAAAGAACCAACUGAGCCAAAACCAAACCGAAAACAGUAAUAGAGUAUUCAUGAGAACCAGAACUCUCCUAGCCUUAAAAAAAAAAAAAAAAAAAAAAGCUACUUAUAACUAAUUAUGUUUACCUCACUGGUGCAAUUAGGGUGGACUUUUACUCCUGGGAGAACCUUGUUGACAUGCACAGUACGCAACCUUUUGUUGUUUGAUGUAAAACAGUCACAGCAGUUCUUGCUCAAUAAAGGUCAAUAUGAAAACAGGA